AUGUUAUAUCACUCAGACUGUACAGAGAAUAGUGAUUGCUGGGACAUUUUACGGAAAUAUCCGAGUCUACAGGGAGCAGAUGGAGUUUAUCCAUUAACUAUAGCCUCCAAGACAAAGUUUGUGUACUGUGACAUGACAACAGAAGGGGGCGGUUGGACGACCAUACAAAGAAGACAGGACGGGACUACAGACUUUUAUCGGACGUGGUCAGAAUAUAAACAAGGAUUUGGGGAUCCUUCUAAAAACUACUGGAUUGGAAAUGAUGCAAUCUACGAGUUGACAAGAAACAAGGACCAGGAACUCCGGGUUGAGCUACAAAGAUUUAAUGGUGACAAAGCAUACGCUAAGUACUCCACAUUUUAUGUUGGGGACGAAGGCAGUAAAUACAUACUCACUGUGUCGGGGUAUUCAGGAACGGCAGGUGAUAGUAUGGCUGAUAACAAUGGUAUGAAAUUUAGCACCAAAAAUCAGGACAAUGACCAGUAUGGUAGUGGUGCCUGUGCUACCUCAUAUCACGGAGCCUGGUGGUACAACACCUGUACCCUCUCAAACCUUAACGGAGAAUAUAUAUAUUCAGCUGUGUCUCGCCAUAGUCGCCCGACUUGGUAUAAAUGGAAAGAUAGAUGGGAAGCAUUAAAACAGUCUUUAAUGAUGAUAAGGCACAGUUAACUAGAAUUAAUAUGU